AUGUUGUUGACAAAGAAUCUAAUUGUUAUAGCUUUUGAUAAUUUUGUUUCAUCUUCAUUUAAUUAUAAGAUAGAUUGUUCAAAUAAUUAUUUAUGUGAUGUUAGUUAUUUUGAUUAUAAAGAGAGUUAUUAAUAGUUUAGUAAUUGGAAUUUAACAAAUUAACUUCCAAGCUUAUAUUUAGAUUAAGAUAUACUUACUUUAAUUUAUUAAUCGUAAAAGAACUAUGAAAUAUUGUAUUACGAUUUAAAUGAUAAUGGAAAUGAAAAUGUAAUUGGAAAUGUACUUAAGUCAGUGAUAGCUUAUUUAUAGUCAGAAACUAUUAAUUAAUCAAAUAUUGUUUAAUCUUUUGUUUACAAUUAUAAUCAAUAAUUACAUUUAUUAAGUUCAACAAAAAACAACUCAAAAUUGUAACACUUUAUAUUGAAACGAUCCCCUUAAAUUUGUAUAGAUAAAUAAUCUUUAACCUAGAAAGCAAAUUUUUAAUUGAAAAACUUAAAUUAAGAAAAAAUUAUAGAAUUAAACUUGAAUAUAAAAAUGAAUGAGCCUGAAACUUCACACAUUAAAUUAUGGAUAAUAUUAGGGAUUAUAUUGAUAAUAGUGAUUGUUGGUAUUUCAGUGACUGUUUAUUGUUAAAGGAAAAAAAGAAAGUCUGUUAGAUAAGAUUUAUUAAUAAAGAAUUGA